AUGAGUAUUCGGGUUCUGGUAUAUAAGAGCCGCUCCUGGCAGCCACCGCCGAGAGGCCGUGGGCAGCUGCACCGCGACAUCAAAGGGCUCCAGGUGCUGGGACCGGAGAUGCUGCCUUUCUGCUGUCUUGUCCUCCUUGGGGGCCUCCUGCCCCCCUCCCAGGGCCUCCUCAACCUGGGCAGUGUCCUUGGGCUGAGCCCAGCACAACCCAAAGAUGGUUUGCUGGGUACUGGUCUUCUUGGCAGUGAAGGUCUCAGCGGAAAAAGUGGAUUGCUUGGCACAGGCGUUCUUGGUGAAGGUGGGUUAUUGGGUACUGGCCUCCUUAGCAGAGGAAGUCCGAGUGGAGAAGAAAGUGGAGGUCCCCUUGAUGCAGGAAAAGAAACCGGCAGAUCUGGGAUCCUUGGCACAGGCCUCCUAGGAGGACAACCUGGCAGCAGUGGUCUGCUUGGCACAGGCAUCCUUGGUGGGAAAGGCCUUGGCACAGGCGUUCUUGGUGAAGGUGGGUUAUUGGGUACUGGCCUCCUUAGCAGAGGAAGUCCGAGUGGAGAAGAAAGUGGAGGUCCCCUUGAUGCAGGAAAAGAAACCGGCAGAUCUGGGAUCCUUGGCACAGGCCUCCUAGGAGGACAACCUGGCAGCAGUGGUCUGCUUGGCACAGGCAUCCUUGGUGGGAAAGGCCUUGGCACAGGCAUCCUUGGUGGAGAAGGCCUUGGCAAUGGUCUCCUUGGCAAUGGCCUCCUUGGCAAUAAAAGCCUUCUUGGAGAGAAUGGUCUCCUUGGCACAGGGCUGCUUGGAAAUGGAGGUCUCCUAGGCAAUGGAACUCUACUUGGCCUUAAUGGUCUUCCGGGCGGAGGAGGACUGCUGGGUGAAGGAGUGCUUCGCAAGUCAACACCCUUCGGCUGGUUGAAGGUGCUGAACCUUGAGAAUGUCCGAGUGUCGUGGAAGGUCCUUCAUGGGAGUGAGGUCAUCCUGAACCUGUACUCAAAGCUGGUGUUGCGCUUGCCAGGGAUUUUUCAAUUUCUGAGCGGAUCCUCGGUAGAAACGAACAUCACGUCACACAUCGCACUGACCCAAGACACCCCCGGUGACCUCAAGUUGGUGAUUAAGGAUUGCAACAACCUGCUCGGCGGCUUCAGCGUCAAUCUGCGGCAGGGCUUCUUCACCAACAUGGUGAGCCGUUUGCUGAACAAUUCCCUUCAGUCUCUCGUACCCGCGCUGCUUUGCCCGUUGGUGAAUAUUUGGGUCAGCAUCGUCAAUAUGAAGCUCCAAUUCCUCAACAAUGUCGUCUCCUUUGGGCUCCUGGGGAAAAUCCACUCUGCCCUCUCCAAACUGCCGGUGACAUCCCAGCAGUCCGUGGAGCUGGAUUUGCAGAAUUCCCCAUUCCCAAGCGCCUUCAUCGACUGGCUCCUUCAGACCACAGGCGUCAGUCCUGGGAGCACUCUGUAGCCGUGGGGCCAGCAACACCGUGGGGUCCCCCUGUGGGCAAUUCCCACCGCUCUGCCCUGAGGAGGAGGAGGAGGAGGGAAGGGAGGAUGAUGACCCGAUGCCCAUAGAAUAGAUGUGAAAAUGGAGCAACCCAACCACAAAAAUUUCUUCUGCGCUACAUUUCAGCCUUACCAGACCUUGGUGUUUUCGUCCUGACCAGGAUUAGCCACACUGAUGGUUAGCUUUGCCAACAGUUAGCUGUGCCGACAGUUAGCCAUGCCAGGGGUUAGCCGUGCCAGUGGUUAGCUGUGCCAGCUGUUGGCCAUGCUGAUGGCUGGCCACGCCGGUGGUUAGCCGUGCCAAUGGUUAGCCAUGCCAAUGUGUACCCGUACUGAUGGUUAGCCAUGCCAAUGGUUAGCCAUACCGAUGGCUAGCCAUGCCAACGGGCAGCUGUGCCAACGGAACUGCUGGCAGCACCACCAGAGGCAGGAGCCCCAGGUGACACCCGUGUGCCCUCCUGGCUGUCACGGCCGUAAGCCACUCGUUACGGCAAUCACUGACAAAGGGACUGCCCCGACCCUCCGGCCCUUCCUCAUGCACGCCCGAGUUUCGCCCGGGCCAGGGGCUGUGGCAAUUGGUGGCCAAGGGGACACUUUCCUGGUGCUGGACCGAGACCUCCCAGCUGGUGGCAGUGAUUUGUUCCCAGUGCAGCCGCCCCAUGGGAAUUUUGUAAGUUUGCACUAACUGCACCAAAUUCCUGUGAAGGGAAGGCAAAAAAGGGACAAAUGCUGACGAAGUGUAAACGCUUUGUCUUUGCUCUCCUUCUGCUGAUUAGUUGGCCAUUUCAAAAGGAAAUUUUGCUGUUUUCAGUGAUUUCUUACUGUUAAAAACAAGGCAAAAAAGGCCUGCAGUCUAAUCCAAACGUGCACUUAGCUGAUUUGUUCCCAAAGAGUUAUGCUUUGAACUGAUCAGAGUAAAUGCUAUCCUGUCUUGUAAUCUCCGAGUGGAUUUGGAUGUGUUGCAUUGUGGGUGAGGUGGAUUCACAUCCCUUCUGUUACUCCUUACAAUAAAAAGGAUUUUUCUUCAUCUGCA